AUCAUAAUGGCGGACGGGGCGGAAAAUGCCCAGGUUGCUGCUGAUAAAAUGGAAUUAAACUUAGAAGAGCUUGAUGCAGACGAAUUUGAUCUUCCCGCUAUAGAAUCAGCGCCAACAUUGGAGAGUAUUCUAAAUGAGCCUGACGAUGGAUCUGUGUUUGGUGAUGAUGACCUCGUGCUGCCCCCUAUGUUCCCGGGUGACCUGGACCAGGGCGAUACCUCAUCGAUGUCGAGCCAGGAGGGCAUUCUUGAUACUCCAAAGUCAAGGGGCCGUAAAAAACAGAGGAAGAGCAUUCGCUAUGAAGAACAUGGUUCAAUCAUGCGUCAUGUUGUCCUGAAGGGGAUCUCUGCCCAGCUCAUGUCUGCUGCGGAUCGUGUGGAUGCUGGGAUGCCCACAGCAAUGGCUGUUUCUGAGCUCAUUGCCAUUGGAACUUCUCAUGGAUUGGUGUUGGUGUUUGACCCAAAGCAAGUCUUGAAAUGGUGUUUAGGAAGCACUGCUGUCGGAGCCCAGUACGGGUCUGUCUCUGCUCUCAGCUUCAACAGGGAUUGUACAAGGCUACUGUGUGGGUUCGCUAAGGGUCAGAUCACUAUGUGGGAUCUGACGAAUGGAAAGUUGAUCAGGACGAUCAGUGAUGCUCAUCCCCCAGGGACUGCCAUUCUUCAUGUCAAGUUUACUGAUGACUUGACGAUUGCUGUGUGUAACGACAGUGGCGGAUCUGUAUUCGAGCUGGAAAUGAAGCGUCUGAUCGGAGUGCGAACCUGCGAGUCAAGAUGUCUUUUUUCUGGAAGCCGAGGUGAAGUUUGUACGAUCGAGCCCCUUCAUAUGAAUCACACGAUCAAGGACCACCCCAUGAAAGAUGUGUUAGUGCUUGCCAUGGGCACACUGUCAAAGGUUCUCGUGGUCACCAUCAGACCCAAACUCAAAGUCAUCUUUAGCCAUGCACUCAAGGGUGAUCCAGCUACUUUGCCUCUCCUUGCAUGGCAGUUCGUCAUCAUUCAGGUGUCAGCUAAAGAUCGAGUCAUAGACCCAGUCUUGGCCUUCGCCCGUGAUCAGACAAUCUACUAUUACCAGGCCAUUUGUACUGCAGCAGACGACAUUCGUUUCUGCUCUCUCCAAAAAAUGGAGACACCCUACAAACUCCUUGCGAUUCAAUGGAUCAACCCUCGUACGCUGAUUGCGCUCGAUACAUCCGAGAAGAUUCAUAUUCUAGAUGUCAAAUCUGAAGAAGAAUUAGAGGUGAUUGAUGUUGGAGAGGUUCAACUGAGUUAUGGAACUAGUCACUUCAAAUCUUUGGCGACGGGUGGUAACGUAAGCAAGGCUUUGGCAUUUGCUGGUGAAUGUGCCUGUUACCAGUCCAUCAUCUGUCAUAACGGACAACUCCUCCUGAUGGGCACCAAGUCCAUCCAUGUGCUUACAAUGAGAAAUUGGGAAGAGAGAAUUGAGAAUCUCGUGAAGCAGAACAACUACCAGGAUGCGCUGACUAUGGCUCAGUCAUUCUACGAGGGCAAAGCAAAGGCUGUGAUCGGCCUCCUCGGUGGUCAGCAAAAGCGAAAAAAAAUUGUGGCAGCAAAGAUGCUUGACCUGCUUCAGAAUUAUGUCGACAUCUCCAUGACGAAGAAUCUUCCUGAGCGAGGGAAGAUGGAGGAACUGGAAGAAUAUUACCAGAACGUUGUGCCGAUUUGUGUUGAUUAUUGUCUGACUCUGGGUAGAACUGAUGUCCUCUUCGGUGAAAUCUACGUCCGUUUUAGCAUGGACCAAAUUGCCAAAUCCACCUUCCUUGAAUGUCUGGAACCAUAUAUCAUUACUGAUCGCCUCACGUCAGUAACGCCCUCUGUUAUGAAAGACUUCAUCGAUAAUUACGAGGCCAAGGGAAUGUUACAAAAUGUUGAAGCGUGUAUUGUGCAUCUGGACGUAUCUAGUCUAGAUAUUCACCAGGUUGUAGUCUUGUGCUGGGGCCACGGCCUCUACGAUGCCAUCAUCUAUGUCUAUAACAAGGGCAUGCAGGACUACACCACCCCAUUGGAGGAGCUCCUGAGGAUCUUGAGAAUGGCUCUCAGCGUUGGCAAGCAACUCAGUGAUGACCAGAUUCGCCUUGGUAACAAACUCCUGGUCUACAUCAGCUGCUGCCUGGCAGGCCGGGCGUACCCCCUUGGAGACAUUCCUGCACCCAUUGUAAACAAAGUGAAAGCAGACGUCUUCAAAUCUGUCACAUGUUUGCAUACAAAAGAGGCGAAUACUGACGAGCCGGUCUACCCGCACUUGAGAACACUUCUCCAGUUCGACACGCGAGAGUUUCUGAACGUCCUCGCUUUGGCAUUCGAAGAAGCAGAAUUCAACACUGACGAAGGCAUCCAGAAACGUCAAAGAGUUGUCGAUAUUUUAUUACAAGUCAUGGUGGAGAGUAUUGGAUUUUCUCCGACCCAAGUAGGGAUCCUGUUCACCUUCCUAGCCCGUCAGAUGGCCCGCCAUGAGAAUACCAUUCUUGUCAACAGAGUUCUCUUUGAGCAGGUUCUUGAGUUCCUCUCAAGCCCGGGGGACGAGUCACGUCAUGAAGAGAGACAACAGGCUCUACUUGAACUAUUGAAUGCCGGCGGCUUUGAGCAGUUUGAUGAGACUCGUCUGCUCACCCUGGCAGAGAAUGCAAAAUUCUACCGUGUAUGUGAGCUCCUCUAUGAAAAAAGAAGAGAAUUUGACAAGAUUCUGUCAUGCUAUUGGAGGGAUCCUUCUAGAAAGUAUCAAGCCUUUGCGUAUAUCGAAUCAAUCAUCGUGAAUCCUCUCUACACUGAGGAAGAGAAAGACAAUGUACGCAAGGAAGCUCUCUUGCAUUUGGAGGAGCUAAUUCUGAUUGACAGCAAGAAGACGGCCCAGUUGGUUCUGAUUGGCUUCAGCCGAGAUUUGGUGGACAUUGUGAAGAAACUGGAGAAUAAUACUCAAGUGACGUAUGAAUUCCUGAAGGGAGUAUUCGAGUACAGGGAGACAACAGGCAGUGCCAUCUAUACAGACCGCCAAAUAACGAUAGAACCGCAGAUUCAUGAAAAAUAUAUCGAGCUAAUGUGCCAGUUUCAUCCGAGUAAUGUCUACAACUACAUCAAGGGGGCAGAUGGUUACAGACUCCCGGAAACGCUCCUUAUCUCCAAGAGACACAGGGUGCCAGACGCAACUGCCUUCCUCUUGGAAAAAUCGGGAGACAUCCAGGGGGCAUUUGCCAUCAUCUUAGAGAGUGUAAAAGAUAAAAUACUGGAGUUGGAGGGAGUGUUGAUUGCAAAGAAAGACACACAGGAUGUUGAUGAAGUAAAUGCAUUGAAAAACACCAUCGCGAUUGCCCUUUGCAACAUCCAGACUGUCCUGAUCGUCAUCAUUCAACUCUGCCAGCGCAACUCCAAGAAACUCGAAGAAGAUGAGCGGGAGGCGUUGUGGUUCCCGCUGCUCGAGGUCAUGAUGUCAUCACAGCGUCGUCUUAAGGAUCAGGUCCACAAGGAAUUGUGGGAUGAUUUUAAACAACUGACCCGCCAUGUUCUGAACAGCAUGAUGGGAUACAUCGCACUGCCCGCCAUUCUUCAGAAAAUCAUGCAGGACCCGACAUACAGCACGGGAAAGUUUGGUGAAAUUCGAGAACUCAUUCUCGGCAUGCUCGAAACUUAUAAUUAUGAAAAGACGCUGCUUCACACGUGCAACAGCCUACUUAAUCAUGACCUUCACCUUCAACUCGCUGGCCUCCACAGCGCCGCAAACCAUGGCAUCAUUCCACGUGGCGAUGCCUGUAAUACCUGCUACAAACAGUACAAUACAUUGGCAAACAAUGAAAGCAUUGUUGUGUUCAGAUGUGGACACGGCUAUCACACCCAGUGUCUCUAUGGCACAGAUUCCUAUCACAUCAUCGACGGCGAAGAGGUCUGGGUGUGUUUCCUGUGCACUAGCACCAAAAGAGGGCACACCAGUCAGGCACCACAUCUCCUACGCUCGCUGUCUAAUCCAGGUCAGAGUGCGGUGCGAGUGAGCAUCAAGGAUCGGGGCGCCAGAUCGAAGGAAUCGCCAAUUAAAAUGAGUGAAGAACAAAUGAUGGGGAUUGAUGCGCUCCGCAGGAACCAGAAAACGGCUUCGAGGCUUGCCAUUCUAACCGAGCUUGCCAGGCCAGACACGCGCCCAAAAUACAGACAACAGACAUACUCGGCAACGACAUCUGGCAGCAUUCUACAGAAUGAGAACUUCCAGUUGCGGCUUGCACCACCUCCUUUGGACAUAUCUUGAAAUUCUUAUGUAACAUGUUCUGGGCUUGUGUAAUUGUGCAUUUACAUGCCUUAAGUUGGUGCAUUAAUCAAUUAGCUACCAUUUUAAUGACAUUCCAUAAAAAGCAGAGAAUGUGUAGCAGAACUGCAAUGCGGUACUUGCUGAAUCUCAAGGCCAUGAAGUUUAUUCUGAGGGCUCUCAGACGAUGACUACAUUCACAGAGUUUUGACUGACGCAUGUGAAAAUGAGACUUUAUCUGGUCAUUUAACAUUAUUGACACGGAAAUUAAUUGGUGCUGCAUCUCGCCUAUGAAACAUUAAGAGUCAAGAUGAUUGUGGCGUCCACUAGUGUGAGGUCAGGCAGGCACAGAUCCAGGAGAAAUAAGCCAUGAAUUUUCCAGAAUGACUUUAAACAUCAUUCUCUUCGGCACCCACCCCAAAUUCCUGGAUCAGCCUGUGAGAUGGUGCAUAGGGGGAACGGGCCAGAAAAUGCAUUCUGUAUAGGGUACAGACAAAACUGUGACUGCCUGUAGCUGUCCCUUGUGCUGAUUGUGACUUGGGUAUUGCGCUGUUGUGAGGCGUGACAUCGAUUUCGUCUUGUGUUAUAAGGCAAACCCUAGUUAAUAUCAGUGCCUCUUAUUUUUAUGCCGAUACCCUAUUCAUACAUGCAGAUGUUAAAAUCUGAAAAUUUGUCCUUGUGCUGUAAUAACUGUGGAUUGCUAUUUGGAUGUCUCUACAUGUUGUCUCUAUUUAUUAUGUAAAUAACAGAUAUAAAAUAUAAACGAAAUGUAAAAUAUUUGCUUUAAUCACAUUAUUGGGUUGCUUAAAACGUUCAGCAUAAAUUGGACUGGAUUGGAGAUCUCACAAUAUUGGUAGAGACGGCUGGAGUCCAUGAGCGCUGACAUUGUAGUGGUGCAGUACAGAUACGAUCGAGAGGGCAGUUUGGGGUUCCGCCGAUGGGGGUCGCAUGCCUUGGUCGUA